CGGACUACAGGAUCUGGUAGGAAUUUCCGAAUGAUCAAUGCUUUCACGGACAUCGAAUGUGUUUGAUGACACGUGCAUUCGUGCGAAGACAUUAUUGAAAAAAAUCGAUGCGAUGGUGAGAAUGCAAGAUAAUGAUAUAAUAGGUGAUCGGAGAAACAACCGAUAAUACAUCGCUAAUGUCAAUUCUAUAAUUCUGAAGAGCUUCGGAUUUAUCUGUCUGACUAACUUCGCAAAACCGGCUAAUCAAACACAAGAGGGGAGACACGAGAGAAAUAGAGUAAAAGCUGACUGAAAUCCUCAAUUAAAACCGGCAUCGAUCAUCAAGUAAAUAACUCCCGCGUUACAUGGAAGACUUAUCGGUGAGUGCAACCAGGGUGUGACAAGAUAAAUGCGCACGAUCUAAUAUGAUAUCGAGUGACGAAAGAGGAGCGGAAGAACUUGUCUCGCCUAAAUGUCGCCGCGACAAGUACUGCACGUCGUAAUUAUAGGUGCAUCCGGAGCAAGGUCGAAUUACCAUUUCCAUUUUCGAGGUCCACUGAUAUAUUCAAAGUUCGAUUAUGCUCAAUGCAAAGUGCUUGACGAGCAUUAAUUUAAAGGUUGACACGACAUAAAUUUCGAGUACGUUCUCGAUAAUCGACACUCGAUAGACUUUGAUAAGGUGCAACUACUGUCCAGGAUGGGACUCAUUUGUGUCUACGUCUUUUUCGCGUAUUUAUUGACACCAAUUGCGUGCACGAGUGACGCGAUGCCCAUCAUAUAUUCUAUCGCAUUGCAAAAUGAGACCACAAUGCCGGAGGAAUACAGGCACUUACCGUUGGUGGGAAAAUGUUGCUCCAUAGACGAAGCCCUCAUAAAAGAUACGCACGGGAAUACCGUUUCUUGUGCUUCUUCGAAUGACUCGUCGACGAAUUUUUCGCCUCUCUUCAGCGAUUUCAAUCGUACCGGCGCGCUGGUGCCCGGUGAUAAAUGUGAGGCAUUCACCGCUCUCGUAGGAAAUCCCUGCAAUCGGAGGUACAUGCUACAACCGGAGAACAAGGGUGAUGAGUAUUAUUUAUUGGCGAAUGGUUCCAUCUUCGCGCCGCGACUCGAUCUCGUACCGAUUAUGUUGAUGCCCGGUAAGAACUAUUGCAUGGAUGUUGUGGCCGAGCUGGGACUUCGAGUAUUUGUCUGUUUUCAAGAUGUUCCGCCACCGAUCACGGGUACACCGGUCAUUAUUUAUGCCUGCGGGCUCCUGAUCUCGGUUCCUUUUUUGAUACUUACCAUUGCGGCAUACACGAUAACACCAAGAUUGAGGGACGUCCACGGGAAAGCCCUUUGCCACUAUUGCGGCUGCUUGGCGCUGGCCUUUACCACUUUAGCUAUUACGCAACUCGCAAGCGGACAAUUAUCGUUUCAAGCCUGCGUUAGUAUAGCAUUCGUCAUCCAAUUCUCGUUCGUGGCCUGCUUCUUCUGGCUGAACGUGAUGUGCAUCGAAACAUGGGCAUUGGUACAUCACCAUGUGAACCAGCGCUCGUACAAGAGAAUCCAGCCUAAAACACUGUUCUUCUACUACUCGAUAUGGGCCUGGGGCUCCCCGGCGGGCCUCAUUCUCGUCUCGAUGUUGAUGGAUCUCAGUCCUACAAUACCCACGACCUACGUUAAGCCCGGUUUUGGUAGCGAGCGCUGCUGGUUCCAAUCCGAUACGAAAGCUCUGCCAUAUUUCUACGCACCAGUCGGUAUCCUUCUGUUAGUGAACAUGAUCCUCUUCAUAAUCACUGCUGUCAAGAUCAGCCGGUACCAGCAAGCUCUUGCGCUGAGACGCUUGGCGAGGAAUCACCAUUCCGAUCGGGAGGAUCAAAGACUCUUCCGCAGACUCAAACGGGUCUUCAUCGUUUGCCUUGUACUCUUCUUUUUGAUGGGUCUCAAUUGGAUGAUGGAAUUAAUUUCUUGGGGGGUUGGCGGUGAUCCUUUCGACUGGACGGCGUUUGAUUUGGUGAACGCACUUCAGGGUGUCCUCGUCUUCGGUCUAUUCGUUCUGAGAAGGCCUAUCAGAGACUUCGUUUGGCAUAGAAUACAGAAGAUACGAGGAAUAAACACCACGGAAUUAAACGUCGGAAGCAUGGACUUAGCGCUAUUACCCGUAAUAAACGGCGAUAUCCCACAGAGAUCGUAUAAUUCUUAGAAUAGUUCUUAGAAAAAGACUGAUCUUUUUCUAAGCGUGACAAGAUGAUGCAUUUAAUGCAGGCCGAAGUGAUAUCGACUGUAAACUUAAUGCGAUCGAUAAACCGAUAAUCCAAUGGACCGACAAAAGGAAGGAGCCGGGAUAUAUGGGUCUCACGUCAAUGAGAUGAAAGUUAUUUUAAUUUCGCUGUGUACAAUAGCAACACGGAGCGACCUUCUCGAACGGUGACGCUCAUGAAGAGAUACAAAAUAUUUUAUUGGGAUGAUUUCGUUGCAAAUCACUCGAGAAACUCACUCAAGUUAACUAGCCCGCGAAAUCCGAUGCAAGGAACUUUCGCCUAAAAGAGAUUAUUUAUAAAUAUUUAAUUAAAUCACAAUUUUUAUAUUAUAAGUAAUAGUUUCUAGUCUUUUUUUUGCAAUAAUCUAAUUGUAAAUAUCAAUGCGCAUGUCGAGGCGUUUUAACUUCGAAUAAAAUGCAUCGACAGAGGAAACAUACGACGUGACUUUGCGCGCGUUGAAUUACAAGUAUUUCGCGAAGUUAUGUGAAAAUCUUUUUCUGCAAGAUAACAUGUUACGUAACGCAUUAUUCGUCCACCUCCGCAAAAUAUAGUACAUAUUGCGAUGUUACUGCGCUAAUUAUACAACUGCGGAAACAAACAAUGAACGGACCUCGCUUAAGGAUCUCAAAUGAUAAGAAUGUAAUCUGCGCAAUUAAAUAUGUGUGAGAACCGGCUGUAAUCCUAAAUUGAUGUUCAUUAAGGCUAAGUGAUUAUACAUCGCAGUAUUAAUCAUGGUAGUAUUAACGAUAAUACUUGUAGUUCUUCAAUUCACGCCGCAAGUCGAUGUUCACAUCGAUAAUGUUACCAUACCUUGUGUACUUAUACAUUGCUUAUUGUUGAACGGAACAACAAUGCGAUACAAUAAUAUUAUUGUGCGAAGCCUUUAUUUCAUGAAUCCGGUAUAACACGUUAUGUUAAUACAUUACAAAUAAAUUAAGUUUAAACAAAAGCGCAGCAUAGUGAAUAUUGAAUAGAAUACGUCAAAACGUGUUUAUUACCAAUUAUAAAUUCAUCGAAAAUACGUCAAUAUCGCAGUAUAUUCGAGAGGGGGGGGAGAGAACGGAGUUGUGGGUAGAAAAACAAGUUUUGCAUAAUAUUGUUAUCGAAUCGUAUUGUUGUUCCGUAUGUAGCUAGCAUUAUUUAUUGUCGUACUAGACAUUAUAAUUUAUUGAAGAAAUUGUGCAUAGAAUAGGACGA